AUGGCGGACGAAGGUGGAAAAUCGCAGGUUCUCGUUUACAAAGACUCCUUCCACUCAUGCCACGUGUUGGCAACUCUAAGAAGUUUAUACCAAAGAAAGAAAAUGUGUGAUGUGGUUAUCGUGGUGGACAAGGAAGAGAUUUUUUCGCACCGUCUCAUUUUAGCAGCGAAUAGUUCGUACUUUUUUUCAAUGUUCACAAAUGGAAUGAGUGAGACAAACCAAAGUCGAAUUACGUUGAAGGAGGUAGACUCACAAGCCGUCAAACAGUUGGUAGAGUUUUGCUACACUUCAACCAUUGAAAUAACUGAAGAAAAUGUUCAAAAUUUAUUCUCCGUGGCGAACUUGUUGCAAUUCACAACUAUCAUUGAAACUUGUUGCGGCUUUCUUAAAAACCAACUCCAUCCAUCAAAUUGUUUGGGAAUUGGAAACUUUGCUGAUCACCACGACUGCACAGAGCUGAAAUUAGCUGCUUUAAACUAUGCGGAAAAACGUUUUCUUGAAGUGACAAAAACUGAUGAAUUCCUUCUUGCAACAUACGAUCAAAUUUCCGCCAUGCUGAAAAGUGAUACGUUGAAUGUUGUUAGCGAAAAAGACGUUUUUGAUUCAGUGCUUUUGUGGACGAGGCAUAGUUUGGGCACAAGAAAAAGACAUUUAUCUGAACUUUUAAAGUAUAUCAGAUUGCCUCUAUUACCACCAAAAAUCCUUGUGGACUGCAUUGAGAGUGAUGAUCUGAUCCAAGAAAAUGACACUUGUAUGCGUAUAAUCAGUGAAGMUAAGAACUUCCACCUUCUCCCAGAACGACGUGACAAAAUGCAGGUCUUAUCAGUGCCCCGUCAAAUGGAUCAUGGAGCCAUGAUGUAUGUUAUUGGUGGGGAAAUUAAUAACCAAGUGUUCAAUACAGUAAAGAGAUUUAACUUUGAAACUGAAAAAUGGGAAAGUCUUUCAUCCAUGCACCAACGUCGUGAUGGUGUGGGCGUGGCUUGUCAUGCAGGGGUCAUUUACGCAGCAGGAGGGUGCGAUGGUGAUGUAGCCCUGAGUUCUGUUGAAUGUUUUGAUCCUGUGGCAAACAAGUGGACAUUUGUUCAGCCAAUGGCAUGUGGACGUCAUGCAUUUAGCUUGGUUGAGCUGGAUGGCUGGCUCUAUGCAGCAGGAGGAAGUGACUUUUCAGGUUCUGAAUACAGCAGUGUUGAACGCUAUGAUCCUGUCAGGGAUAUGUGGAGCUCAGUGACAGCAAUGAGCAGCAUGCGAGAAGGACUGUCAAUGGUAACAAUAGAUGGUGCACUAUAUGCAAUGGGUGGGGAUAGCGGCCUGACGAUUGUCAACUCCAUGGAGAGAUAUGACCCAAGAAUAGGUCAAUGGAGUGCAUGUAUACCAAUGGGGUAUAGACGUCGUUACUUUGGUGCAGCAGUACUCAAAAAGAAAAUCAUGGUUGUAGGUGGAAGUGACAAUGAUGAGGAUCACAACUCUGUUGAGUGUUACGACCCUAGAAUGAAUAGAUGGUUAGCAUUGCCAUCUCUACUGAACCGUAGAGAAAGCCCAGCAGUGGUUGUCAUUGAUGACAAGUUACUGGCAAUGGGUGGAGCAUUCAUGAAUGUCGAACUGAACUCAAUUGAAUGUUAUGACCCAUUGAGCAAUAAAUGGGAGACAUAUCACUCUUUACCAGGUCCUCUAGAGGGAAUGGGUGUGGUCAUAGUUUGACCUAACUCCAGACUAGUACCCAGUCACUUAAUCUCUUUCUUUUUAGGCAUGAUCAGCCACUCUGAGCGUAGCAAAGAGUAAUUAAUGACUGGGUUCAAGUCUGACCUAACUCCACAUAACGUUCUCCUGAAAUUGACAUUCUAAACUGACAUGCAAAGGAUCUCAUUAAAAAAAUAAUAAACAAAAAUAAUAUUUUACUCUGCAACAAAUAUGGCUUUCAAAUGUGUUUGAGAUGCAAGGCAAGCAUGUUUACUUGCAGGUUUGCAAAUGCAAGCAAUAAAAAGAUCACAUUUUAUUUAUUACUUAUGUAAAUAAACAUGCUACUAGAUGUAAAUAAUAAUGCAAGUUACAACAAAGUUUGAACCACUUUAUCUGCACUCGAUGUUAAAGUGUACUUUUAGAUCAGUCAAAGUUGAUCAAAAUUAUUCCAACAAAUAAAGUAGCACCAAACCUGAA